GAAAAUCUUCAAACCAUGGUUUUCAAAUCUAAUAUUCAGGAUAAUCAAAUGCUUCAAAAGAAGAAAUUCAUAUUUUCGGAUACAGAUUACGGAGCUGUCCGUCCCUCCAUCCGAUCUAUUUCUACCAGAAAGUGGGAUGAGCGACUUCGGCGCGUCGGUUCACUUUCAUCGUCGCGAGGGGCCAGAAGAAUUAAUACCGCUCCUUCGGCUGCAAGAGGAGGCGGGAGGCCGGAGGAGAGAAGGCCCCGGCUCAGGGAGUCUAGUUGCCGUCUGCCAGCCGGCGUCUGUCUCUCUGGCCGACGGUUUCUCGUCUUCUGCUGCUUGUUGGUUCUUCUGGUGGUGGUGGUGGUGCAUAAGAGACGCACCAUGGGCGGUUCGGAGGCACGGUUCCUGCAGGAAUUGCUGCUCUACGCAGCCAGCGCCGCUCUCAGCUCCCUGGUUCUCUUCGUGGGCCUGCGAAGCCUCGAUCCCAACCGUGCCGCGAGCAAGAAGGCUGCCGAGCAGAAGCGAGAGAUUGCCAGGCGCCUCGGUCGCCCCUUUAUCCAAACCAAUGCCUACGAGGACGUGAUAGCAUGCGACGUUAUCAACCCGGAUGAUAUCGACGUCGAGUUCAACUCAAUUGGAGGCCUAGAACCUGUGAAGAAGGCGUUAUACGAGCUUGUCAUCCUUCCUCUGCAAAGGCCAGAGCUUUUUUCGCAUGGAAAGCUGCUAACUCCCCAGAAGGGAGUGCUAUUGUAUGGCCCCCCAGGCACUGGCAAGACAAUGCUUGCCAAAGCCAUCGCCAAAGAAUCUGGUGCUGUUUUCAUCAACGUGAGAGUAUCUAAUUUGAUGAGCAAAUGGUUUGGCGAUGCGCAGAAGCUUGUGGCUGCUGUGUUCAGUUUGGCGUAUAAGCUUCAGCCAUCUAUAAUCUUUAUUGAUGAAGUUGAUAGUUUCUUGGGCCAGCGCCGCUCCACUGAUCAUGAAGCAAUGGCUAAUAUGAAGACUGAAUUUAUGGCGUUAUGGGAUGGCUUUACAACAGAUCAAAAUGCACGUGUUAUGGUUCUUGCUGCUACCAACCGGCCAUCAGAACUCGAUGAAGCAAUACUGCGUCGUCUUCCUCAAGCAUUUGAAAUUGGCAUACCUAAUUGCAGCGAGAGGGCUAAGAUAUUAAAGGUGAUUUUGAAAGGUGAAAAAGUUGAAGAAAAUAUUGACUAUGAAUAUUUGGCCAGUCUAUGUGAGGAUUUCACUGGUUCAGAUCUACUUGAGGUUUGUAAGCAAGCAGCAUAUAUGCCAAUCAGGGACCUCCUACAUUCUGAAAAGACUGGGCUGCAACCUCAGUCACCAAGGGCAUUGAAACAGUCUGAUCUAGAAACUGUUUUCCUGACAUCGAGGAAAACAAAAGUUGCAGCAUCAGAAUUUGGCCUCAACUCACCAUUGCCUGAUUGGUCAAGAGGUGAUGGAGACAAUUAUAAUACAACUUUCUCAGAGAUUGCAAGGUUUUUAUCGUGUAUUACCUCCAAUCUUCGACCACAAGCACGUGACUCAUGAGAUGUUAUGGUUGUGGAUCAAAUCUGUGGGAUAUAUUUUUGCAUUAUAUACUAGCAAUCGCUAACUUUCUGAUUAUGUUGGAAGCAGCCCCUCAUAAUUGACCCUGCAGGUACUUUUAAGGGUUUUGUGUUUUCUUUUCUUUAGAUUGGCCGAUAAAGGUUGUAUAUUUUUCUUCUUUGUUCUUUUCUUCUCUUGGUCCAUCAACAUUUGAGGCUUCACUGGCUUUAUAGACAUAUGAGCAUGAGAAUAUGGGCUUACUUAUAGAGUCUUUAUCUAUGUUGUACUCUGUUUAUUCGCA